CCCAGGCUCAGCUGCGCCCCCGGGCUCCGCGUCUCUUGCAGCUACCGGUGGAAGGGGGCGAUCGAGGAGGACACCGAGGUGCUGCUGAUGAUCAAAACGCGCAGUUCCCGGGUCCCGGCACUGGCAGAAUAUGUCCGGUCCGUGCAUCCCUAUGAAGUGGCUGAGGUGAUCGCUGUCCCCAUCCAGCAGGGAAACCCCCCGUACCUGCAGUGGGUCGAAGAGGCCGUGCCCCCCGAAUGAGAGAUGCGGGGACAGUGGACCAGCCCGUCCCAACAAUAAAGCCCCACCCCCGGGCCUGAGGGGGAGGUCACGGCUGUAA